GCGCAUCCGCUGCGCAUCCGCUGCGCAUCCACUCGCAUAGGCCCGCAUCCAACGGCCUGGCCUCACGACGCUGCCUGGAGAGAGAGCGUGCCGCACGUAUAGCGCUGCCCGCUGCUUGCUGGCCAUGGAGCUGCCGGCGAGACCACGACGCUCGCGCCCAUCUGGAUGCAGUCCCCCCUGUCGCCCGCCAGUGACGAUCCGCAUCACUUUCAUCGUAGCAGCGGAAAUACACUACUGGCGUAUCCCCAGAACCUCAAACCACACCGUACUCACCUGCCACCUGCCAUCUGCCACUGUCACUGUCACUGCCACUGCCACUGCCACUGCCACUGCCACCGCCCCAUUCCCCGACUUCCGCCCGCCACUUGAUGUAGAGGAACCGCAGCCAUGGCGGAAGGCGCACACCAAACGCCUGCCAAACCGAUGCCCGUCACGCGCGCGCCGCCGCCCAUGAAGCUGCGCACGCCCGCGCAGCCACGCUUCUCCAGCAUCCAGACGCAGGCACUCAGCGCCGCCGUCAUGUCGCCCGUCAGCCAGAACGGCUGCUUCGAGUUCGACCGCAUCGUCAAGGCCGGCUCCGUGCUGAAGCGCACCCGCAAGACAAAGCAAUGGAAGCCCAUCUACCUCGUCCUGCGCCCCAACUGCCUGUCCAUCUACAAGGACAAGGCCGAGACCAAGCUGCGCCACCAGAUCAACCUCUCUGAGAUCACCGCCGUUGCCCGCCAGAAGGACUCGAAGAAGAAGAUGGACCACGUCUUCGGCAUCUUCUCGCCCGCCCGCAACUACCACCUUGGCGCCACCACCGACAGGGAUGCCCAGGACUGGGUGGACCUGAUCCGCGCAGAGGCCCGCAUUGACGACGACGAGGGCGAGAUGGUGCUCUUCAGCCCCACCGGCGAUGAGACCUUCACCGGCUUCGACCGCUCGCAGCAGGCACCCUCGAGCACGCUCUCCUCGUCCUCUGAAGCUGAGCCCUCGGCUCUGCCUCCCAGCUCCCUGCCACGCGACUCCGUGCCCAUACCCAUGCACAGCGCACGGCGACCCUCCCAGGCCCUGAACUACUCGGGCAACGAGCACGGCUCCGUCUCUGACUUUGACUUCUCCGACUCUGCAGCGCCAAAUGCCACGUCUACGACCUCGUUGCCCUACUCGAAAUCCAGCAUCCGCAAUCCUGUUCCCCGCAACCGCAACGUCAGCCAAACCUCGAACUCCAACGUCUCACCAUCCACCAACGAGUCCGAUCGCGACCGCGUUGUGUGCCACGGCUGGCUGUAUGUUCUGAAAUCAAAGGGCGGCGUGCGCCAAUGGAAGAAGAUCUGGGUCGUCCUACGCCCCAGGUGCCUCGCCUUUUACAAAAACGCCGAAGAGUACUCGGCACACCUGAUCAUCCCCUUUGAAAGCGUCAUCGACGCCGUCGACAUUGACAGCGUCAGCAAGAGCAAGCAGUACUGCAUGCAGGUCAUCUCGGAGGAGAAGAACUUCCGAUUCUGCGCAAAGAGCGAGAACGAGCUGGCCAAGUGGUUAGGCGCGUUCAAGAGCCUACUCGUGAGGCGGAGAGAGGACGAGGGGAAGAGAGCCGCGCAGAAGCAGGCGCAGACCCCCACACUCACGACGACCGCCGCGACGCCCACGUUGCCUUGCACUCCAAUCUUGCCCCAGCAGCAGAAGCGCGUCAGCAUAGUGGAGCCGAACGUUGCCGUCGCCCCCGUCCAACCCUUGGCCAUCAAAUGAUCACCGCCCCUCACAUAUCCCGUAACAGCGGCCGCGCCCCAGAUGCUGUCUGGUGGCCUGUACAUACACCUUUCUUUUGUCUUUUCAUACCGCAGCGUCAAAUCUGUUGUACGCUCCACGAGUCACGAUUCCCCGCCCGGCGCCCCUCUGUGGGUGCACCCUCGACGGGCCUGCCGCCUUGGCGCAACUGUUGGAUUUCACGUCACAUUUCAUUUACUCUGUUCUGGCUGCUUUGUAUACUAGCGUUGUAGUGUCUUUGUAAUUCUGCCGGGCUGGUUGAGUGUGCUUGGGGGGUGGUCUGUCCGGUGUUGUAGCGCGAGGGUAGGAGCAUGAAUAUAUAAGAUUUGAGAUCAAGAGUGAGCUGUCCCCCCUGCAGAGCCGAUUCAAUGGUAGAAACGGGACUCUGGCUUAGGAUGACUCCAGGUCCUA